CCCGGAAGUCGGCCGCAGCGGCGGUCCCCGAGGCGGCGCGGGGGCGGCCGGGAGCCCGGAAGUCCGCGGAUGGCGGUGGGUCCCGGCUGCCGGGCGGUCCGGGGCUGCCGGCCAGCGUUAAGAGCAUUUUCACUGCAUAAAGCACACUCAGCAAAGGACAUGGAAAAUACUUUACAGCUGGUGAGAAACGUGGUCCCUCCCCUAACCACCAAGAAGCACAAAGGGCAGGAUGGAAGGAUCGGCGUGGUGGGAGGCUGCCGGGAGUACACUGGAGCCCCCUAUUUUGCAGCAAUCUCAGCUCUCAAAGUGGGCGCGGAUCUGUCCCACGUGUUCUGCACCCAGGAGGCCGCGCCCGUGAUCAAGUCCUACAGCCCGGAGCUGAUCGUGCACCCCAUUCUGGACAGCCCGGAGGCCGUCCACGAAAUGGAGCAGUGGCUGCCCCGACUGCACGCCCUGGUGGUGGGGCCCGGCCUCGGCAGGGAUGACGCUCUGCUGGAAAACGUCAAGGGCAUUCUAGAAGCAUCCAAGGCCAGGGGCAUCCCCGUGGUCAUCGACGCAGACGGGCUCUGGCUUAUUGCCCAGCAGCCAGCCCUCAUCCAGGGCUACCGGAAGGCGGUCCUCACCCCCAACCACGUGGAGUUCGGCAGACUCUCCGAGGCCGUGCUGGGGGCGCCCCUGGAGGGCGGGGACCGUCACGGAGCGGUGCUGAGACUCAGCCAGGCCCUGGGCAACGUCACCGUGGUGCAGAAGGGGGAGCAGGACGUGAUCUCUGACGGCGAGCAGGUGCUAGUGUGCAGCCAGGAGGGCAGCGGCCGCAGGUGCGGGGGGCAGGGGGACCUCCUGUCGGGCUCCCUGGGCGUCCUGGCACACUGGGCCAUCCGGACCGGCCCCCAGAAGACUGGCGGGGAGGCUGCCUCGGAGGCCCUUAGACUCGAGCUUACCAGCGUGGGUCCCGGGACGGCAGGCAGGAUGCGCGGGGUGCGGUGGCCGCCCCUGAGACCUCUCCCCGCAGGCCCAGCCCGCUGCUCGUGGCCGCCUUCGGCGCCUGCGCCCUCACCCGGCAGUGCAGCCAGCAGGCCUUCCAGAAGCACGGACGUGCCACCACCACCUCCGACAUGGUCGCCGAGGUCGGGCCUGCCUUCCGCAGGCUCUUCGAGGCCUGAGCUGGAGCCGCUGGAGGGCGGGUGCCAUCCGCCCGCCGCCUCCGAGAGGUCUGCGCUGUGCAGGCUGACACAACGCCAGUUUGGAGCUUAGCACUUUCUGCCUAAACUGAUACGGGACGGUGCUGGUGAACUCUCCUCAGCCUCUGUAGCGUCAGAAAAGAAUCGCGUGAUGAGGCGGUGAUGGCGGCUCAGCCGGGCGGUGGGCUCCGCUGCUGCCUGGAGCAGACCCCGCAUCUGAGCGUCGUGCUCCUGCGAGAAGGGCCCUCACUAGCAGGCCUCUCGGGGGUCCUGUCUCUCGUUCCCAACUGUCUGUGAGUCAUGUCUUGUUUUUAACUUGAGGUCCUGCAAAGGCUGUGGUGUUCAUUCUUUAGCUCAUUUUGCCGUUUUGAACGGUUAUUAGGUCGGACACAUCUGGGCAGAGAUAUUCCGCAUUGGUUGGUUAAUUGGCUGAAAUUUUCCAGAAUAGUCAGCGGUCUGUCAGAACUGGAAAUCCUGGAGGCCCCUGGGGAAACCACCAAAGUAAAUGACGGAGCCCGGCCCCCGAGUGUGCAGGGCAGCCCUGGGACACCUCACUUUGACGUGUCCGUGCAAAGGCAGGCGUGGUGACGGGCCCCAGGUGAGGGGUGCCCAGGGCUCCCAGAUCAGGGCCCAGGUGGGGGCCCAAGCUGCCCCGCACUUGCUGGAGGGGCCGGACAGCGGGGCCUCUGCCUCGGGGCGGGGGCGGGGGCGGGGGCGCGCGCUCUGUACUGAGCUGUCUUGUCGGCAUCGGCUCAGCCUGUGUGGCGCUUGGUGGCCUGUCUCAUUUCUCCGUGGGGUCGAUUACAGCGCGUGGCCCUGAGUGCGCUAUCCACAUGCUUUCUGCAGGGCGGGCCUGGCCCGUGUCCGUAUGUCUGUCCUCAGUGACCCCUGCUCUCCAUUCGGACAAAAGAUCCCGCUUGCUUUGAAUAGCCUGGACUUAAGGUCCCUCUAACACUGGAUCGCUGGCGUCUAAUCGUAGAGAAGCUUCACUACUGUCGCGCACCUUUCUUCUUUUGGGGAAUCACACCUAAAUCACGGCCGUUAUUAAAGGGCAGACGUGGUUGAUUUCA